AUGUCGUUUGUACUGCCAAUAGAGCUACAGACUUCUCAUCUGCUGUCCAACUUUUCCAGCGAUCUGCAGAUCCCCAUGGAAGUCAACAUUCGACGAGUCGACCCGCAGGGCGAUGAAGCUCAAAGGUUCCGGAAACACCUUCACGAUCUGGCGGAGCCUUUCAACCACAGCACCAACGAUCGACCGAGAGCGGUCUUUUCAGACGACGCGAUAGUUCUCGUUGCCGAGACGGCCGACCACGAUCAGAUCGGAUCCGUCACCAUUAACCCUCUGGUACCAGACGAUCCGAGAGCGAAGAACCUCCCCACAGGAGUGAAGCUGGGCGAAAUCAAACGCAUGGUCGUCCUCCGUGAGCAUCAGGGCACGGGAGCUGCCCGGAAAUUACUUCAAGUCGUCGAGGAGAUCGCAAAGACUGAACUCGGGUGUCAGUAUGUUGCGGUGGAGACUCUGCAUACUCUCGAGCCGGCGAAGAGGUUUUAUGAGAAGAAUGGGUAUGUCAGGAGGGAGGUCUAUGGGCUGUAUCAUCCCGAGGACAGCCAGUGCUAUGGGAAAUGGUUGUGA